UUGAUUGCUUCACCAUUGGGAUACCUGUCUGUGGGCUCCCAAGCCACCUCCCUUACAAUCCGCCACUCAUCUCUCUGUCUCUCACAAUCGAAUCCAGAGAAAAACACACAACAGUUGUCCAUUUCCCAAAUCCCAUCAACAUGAUCUGCAGAACCCAAAAACCUCUUCCUUCUGCCCUUUUCCUCACAUUGUGUUGACCAAAAAAAAGCAAUAAACCUUUCAUCAAUCCACGUAUUUAUCUUACUCAACAUCAUCACCUCCACCGCCACCUCCAAAAGAGUUAUUGAAGAAGAAAAAAAAAAAAGCAAAGCUUUUGCAUAUAUAGCUUAUCCAAUAUCAUCAUCUCCAAAUCCCAGAUAAACCAAAACAGCAAAAGAAAGAAAAAAAUAGGAUUUUUUUUUUUGAUGGGAUACCUCUCCUGUAAAGCUGAAUCGGCCAUUUCCAUCUCCAACUCGCAAGCCCCAUCAUCCAAUCCCAAAUCCACUCACAACCCACAACCCAAAAAACCCAUCAAGAUCCAACACUUUCACUACAGUGACCUUGAGGCUGCCACCAACAACUUCUCAGACCAAAAGCUCUUGGGCAAAGGCAGCCAUGGCUACGUCUACAAGGCCAUCCUCCAUGGGCGCCACGUUGCCGUCAAGAAGCCGUCUCGAGCUCCCUCGCUCAAAGCCGAUGUCUUAACUAGCGAGGUCGAUAACGAGAUCGAAAUCCUGUCCAAAAUCCAGAGCCCAAGACUGGUAAAUUUAGUGGGUUUUACUAAUGAUUCUGAUAAUAGGCUUUUGGUUGUUGAGUUCAUGAGCAAUGGUACUUUGUAUGACAUUCUUCACUCCACUACUCGACCACCCAAUUGGGGUCGAAGAAUUCGAUUGGCUUUGCAGACUGCAAAAGCCAUUGACACUUUGCAUUCAUCAAACCCACCUGUAAUUCAUAGGGAUAUAAAGUCUGCUAAUGUCCUAAUAGAUAGAAAUUAUAGUGCCCGGUUGGGUGAUUUUGGGUUAGCACUUAGGUGCCAUGUUGAUGAUUAUAGGCUAAGGUCAACACCUCCUGCUGGGACUAUGGGGUAUUUAGACCCUUGCUAUGUGACCCCAGAUAACUUGAGCACAAAGACUGAUGUGUUUAGUUUUGGGAUUUUGUUGUUGGAGAUUAUCAGUGGGAGGAAGGCUAUUGAUGUCGGGCAUUCGCCGCCUUCAAUAGUGGAUUGGGCGAUUCCACUUAUAAAGAAAGGGAAGCUUGCUGCUGUUUAUGAUCCAAGGAUUGUGCCUCCUAAAGAUUUGGUUGUGAGGAAGCAAUUGGCAGUGAUUGCCUCCAAGUGUGUGAGGUCUUGUAGGGAGAGGAGGCCAGCGAUGAAGGAGGUUGUCGAAUGGCUUAGCGGGUUGAGUAAAUUGGUUCCACUUCAUUCAUGGAAUGGUUUUAACAAUCCGUGUAUGAUGGUAGAGACUGUUGGAGGUCCAGUGGGAUUGAGAAAUGUGAAUAAUUCAAGAGUGGAGGGUGUGGAAGGAGGGGAUUUAGAUGCAAUGGAUGGGAAAAUUGGUAGGUUGUCAUUGAGGAAUUCACGGAGAGUGUAUUCGGACUUGGGUUUCAGGAGCAACUUGAUGGAGCUUAUGGCUGGUAAUGAUGAGGAGGUUGAUGGGGUUGAGCCUGGUUCUAAAUCAGCGAAUCGGAGUUCUAAAUUUGGCAGUGGGAGAUAUUUCCACAGAGGGAAAAAUCAAUCCCAUACUCGUGGUAACGAUGACAAUGGUUUCCGUUGGAGGCGAAAUCAAUCAGCUGGACAAAGUUCAGAAAUAUUUUCAAGAGAAGAUGUGCUUUCUCAUUCGAGCUUCAGUUCCCAGGCAGCGGAGAGUAUAUCUAAUUGAUUUCCAAAAAUUCAAUUGGAGUUAUUCGGCAGUGGAGCGAAGCUCAGUCUUGUAAGGCUUCUCCUUGUUUGCAAAUUUCAUUGAUGUAGAUUUUUUGGUAGCUCAUUAUUUGUGGAUUUUGUAAAAUUAAAUUCCAUAUUCAUUCAAAUUUUGAUGUGUUGCCAUUUUCACAUUUGUGGAUAAAGGGUACAUUGCUGAUGUGCCCCUUAUAGGUUGUUAGCCCUUUGUUUAGAAAAGUUGAUGUAUGAAAAACAAAUGCUGCUGAAUACAUGUCAAAAUCCAUCUUUUGGGUGGUAAUCAGAUUUUUGUGCUGAAAAUAUGCUGUAAUCUGAUAUUUUUCAUUUUUGUUUCGUUUUAUCCUUCUUUCAAUGUAAACAAAAAUGUUGAAUAAAAUGAAUGUUGUUGAUA